AAAAAAAAAAUCCAAAGUAAAACUUCAUUUUCUCCCUCUUUCUUUCAAUACCCAGAAAUCAAGAUUCUUCACUAAGAGGGAGUUGGGUGAUAAAGACAAACACCCAUCUCAAAAAAAAAAUCUCAUCUUUCAAUUUGUACACUUGUCUUUUUCCAACCCCAUAUCUUGUUUAUAUCUGUUUAUCACCUGGUUUGUUUAGAUUCUUUUGUCAAUCUUUAAGUUCCCAUAAAAGGAGAGAUCUUUUUUAUCUUUUUGUUUUUCUUUCCUAUUUGAUGGUUUAAGUUUAGUUUUAUUAGUUCUAAGUAGUAAUCCAAGUAGUAACUUGUUAUGAUUCAGGUUAAUCUGUUAACCAAGUUAGAGUUGGAGUCAUAAAGGUGAGAUCUUGGUGGAAAAAAAAUCCAUGAUUUUGGGUUUUCAAGAAGGAUAAGGAAGAUGAGGAUCGGGGAAUCUUAGUAGCUUAGUUGGUUGGCUUAAAGGGUUCGAUUCCUCAGGUUGUAAUCCCCUUACCCUACCCCAAAAUAAGGAAGAUGAGGGAAGAAGAUUCAAAUUGGUUUGCUAAGUGGGAAGAAGAAUUGCCUAAACCAGAAGAGUUAAUGUCUUUAUCUCAAACCCUUAUUACUCCGGAUCUUGCGAUAGCUUUUGAUAUUCCAAACCCCACAAGCCCAAAUCCUCAGAGCAAACAGCAGCAGACUCCUCAUGUUCAAUCUUCUCAGCCUAAUUCAUCAGCUGAAUUUGAAUCAACUGAGCUGAAUGGGGGAGGAGGUGGAGAUGAACCAGCUAGGACAUUGAAAAGGCCACGCCUUGUGUGGACACCACAGCUACAUAAGAGGUUUGUGGAUGCAGUUGCUCAUUUGGGGAUCAAGAAUGCUGUCCCUAAGACUAUAAUGCAACUGAUGAGUGUAGAUGGAUUAACACGCGAAAAUGUUGCUAGUCAUUUGCAAAAGUAUAGGCUUUAUUUGAAACGUAUGCAAGGUCUUUCUAACAGUGGAAGUGGUGGGAGCAAUGCUCAGUCUUUAUCAGGGGCAGGUGUUGAUCCAGCAAUGGAUAAUUUGUUUGCUAGUUCACCUGUUCCGGCACAUUUUCUGCAUCCGGGGAGGGGUAACUCUGACCAUUUCAUGCCGUUUGUGCCAGUGACACCGAUGCAGCAUCACCAUCAUAUGGGAGUGGUUGUUGGACACCAUCCACAAGUUCAACAGCAGUAUAGGCAAUUUGGGUCACCGGCGAAUGGACAUUUUGAGCAUCCUUUUCUGUCUAGGCAAUCACAGCAGCAAGUUCAGAGAAUGGGGACAUCAGUGCAUAAUGGUAGUCCUGUGGUAUCAUCUUAUGUGGAGGAUGUGGAUUCAGCCACCGCCGUCAAUGGGAGGAAGGUCCUUACUCUGUUUCCAACAGGGGAAGAUUGAUAUCAGGGUAACUGUUGAUUUUUAGCCUUCUAUAAAUCCUGUUAAUUUGACUUCUAUGUAUUCUAGAAUUUGAGUUGAAUAACAUUUGCGCUUUGUGUUA